AUGGCAAGCAUUGCCCAUCUGAUCUUCUCGGGCCUGCUGGCGGCUACUGUUGCCAACAGCCAGCAGUACGAGGGAUCUUCUAGAAACGAAGAUGCUUUCAAUUAUGUUCAGCCUCGCAAUACAACGAUUUUUGGGCAGUAUGGGCAUUCACCCGCAGUCCUUCCCUCACCCAAUUCUACCGGGCUAGGGGAAUGGCAUGCAGCUUACGCCAAGGCCCGAGAGUUCGUUUCUCUAUUGACGCUGGAAGAGAAGGCCGACAUGGUGACCGGACAACCUGGGCCUUGUGUGGGCAAUAUAGUGGCAAUUCCACGCCUUGGGUUCAACGGCCUUUGUUUGCAAGACGGUCCUAUGGCAAUUCGUGUCGCGGAUUAUGCCAGUGUAUUCUCUGCGGGUGUGACAGCGGCGUCGACAUGGGACAGGGAUAUCCUGUAUGAACGAGCCUUUGCUAUGGGUCAGGAAUUCCGGGCCAAGGGCGCGCAUAUCGCCCUAUCACCCGUCGCCGGCCCUCUCGGACGGUCCGCAUACGGAGGAAGAAAUUGGGAAGGCUUUGCAGCCGAUCCGUACCUGACCGGUAUUGCCAUGGAACUGUCAGUUCAGGGCUACCACGAUGCAGGUGUCCAGGCCACCCCCAAACAUUUCAUCGGCAACGAACAAGAGACACAACGGAAUCCAACGUUUGAUCCCAAUGGGACGGUCACGGAUGUCUUACAGGAAGCCCUAUCCUCCAAUAUCGAUGAUCGCACCAUGCAUGAACUAUACCUCUGGCCGUUUGCCAAUGCUGCCCACGCCAAGGCAGCAUCCUUCAUGUGCUCCUACCAGCGUCUCAAUGGUUCUUAUGCCUGUCAAAACUCCAAGGUUCUCAAUGGCCUGCUCAAAGAGGAGCUUGGAUUCCAGGGCUAUGUCAUGUCCGACUGGGGAGGAACGCAUUCGGGCGUGGCCUCUAUUGAGGCAGGUCUCGAUAUGAACAUGCCAGGGGGUCUUGGUCCAUACGGAACAAUCCCUGAGGCGGGUUCUUUCUUUGGGGGCAACGUCACCCAAGCUGUCAAAAAUGGAACCGUUGAUGAGGCUCGCGUGGAUGAUAUGAUCGUGCGCAUAAUGACACCGUACUACUGGCUCGGCCAGGAUCAGGACUUCCCUUCUGUUGACCCGUCUUCCGCCGACCUCAACACCUUCUCUCCCAGGUCUACAUGGCUUCGCGAGUUUAACCUGACAGGAGAGCGUAGCCGUGAUGUCCGUGGCGACCAUGCCAAGCUCAUCCGUCGGCACGGAGCCGAGGCCACUAUCUUACUGAAGAAUGAAAACAACGCCCUCCCGUUGAAGUCUCCCAAGGCACUUGCUAUCUUCGGCAAUGAUGCUGGUGAACCCACUAUGGGCGCAGUCAAUAAAGCGAAUUUUGAAUUCGGCACCCUUGCUGCCGGUGGUGGGUCAGGAACUGGUCGCUUCACAUACGUGGUCUCCUCACUGGAGGCCAUCAAAUCCCGCGCCAAACGGGCCAACACCUUGGUUCAGUACUGGUUGAACAAUACUGAAGUUGCAACAACCGACGUGACGACCCUCUGGGUGCCCACGCCGCCAGACGCCUGUCUUGUCUUCUUGAAGACUUGGGCCGAAGAGGGCGAGGAUCGCGAGCACCUCAGCGUGGACUAUGAUGGAAACAACGUUGUCUUCUCCGUCGCCAGGAAGUGUAACAAUACAAUUGUGAUCACUCACUCCUCCGGCAUCAACGAACUCCCCUUUGCCGAUCACCCUAACGUCACUGCCAUCCUUGCGGCUCAUUACCCAGGACAGGAAUCAGGCAACUCCAUCGUCGAUGUACUUUACGGCGACGUUAACCCCUCCGGCCGAUUGCCGUACACGAUUGCUAGAAACGGAAGCGAUUACAAUGCGCCUCCAACAACGGAGAUCGCGACAACCGGGAAAGAAGAUUGGCAGGCGUGGUUCGACGAAAAGCUCGAGAUUGACUACAGAUACUUCGAUGCCCACAACAUCUCCGUCCUCUAUGAAUUCGGGUUCGGCCUGUCAUACACGACCUUCAACCUUUCUGACAUCAACGCGGAACCUCUGGUCAAGUCCAUCUCUUCUGUCCCCGAGCAGCUACCCAUCCAGCCCGGAGGCAAUCCGGCCCUGUGGGAGAACGUCUACAACGUGUCCGUUGUAGUAACGAAUUCUGGAGACGUGAAGGGAAAAGCUGUUCCUCAGCUCUAUGUUACCUUCCCAGACAAUACCCCAGCAGGAACCCCGCCUAAGCAGCUCCGAGGGUUUGACAAGGUGCCACUGAAACCCGGCGAGUCUCGGGCUGUGAGCUUCCAGCUAAUGCGGAGAGAUCUGAGCUACUGGGAUGUCGUGUCGCAACAGUGGCUGAUACCCGAGGGCGAGUUUGUUAUCAGGGUGGGUUUCAGCAGUAGGGAUCUGAGGGAAAUGAUCAGGAUUACCCCUGUCACUGACUCCACAUGA